AUGAGGUAUGAUAGGGAUUUUGGUGAGAGGGUUGGGGGGAGGAACAUGGUGAUGUCAGGGAAGGCCAACAACGUUGGGAACAUGCUGAAAAGGCCGAAAUGGCUGUCGUGUGCGGUGGAGUUGGGUUAUGAGAUUCGUGAGAAAAUUGAUCGGAAUCAGCUCCAAACGGCUGGCGGCGGAAGAAGGGCAGAGAUGAUUUAUGUGAAUGUCGAAUUUUGGGAUAGAAUUGGGGAUCAUCUUGGAGCUGUCUCAAAACGACACCGUUCCACUAAUACUCAGUACGACGUCGUUUCAGCAUUCACUCACAACAGCCUUGAAUUUCUUUCAGAUGAGUUACGCCUUCUGAACUGGCAUGGCUCCCCCUUAAGAUCUUUUCCAUCCAAUUUUGCACCCAACAAACUUUUCGAGCUUAACAUGUGUUACAGCCACAUUAAAGAACUUUGGAAAGGAGUAAAGCAUUUGACCCAGUUGAAAAUAAUUAUCCUCAGUCACUCAACAUACUUAACUAAGACCCCAGACUUCACUGGUACCCCAAAUCUUGAGAGACUGAUUCUUGAUGGUUGUACAAGUUUAUCUUUUGUUCACCCGUCCAUUGGACUGCUCAAAAAGCUUACGUUAUUGAAUCUGAAAGACUGCAAACAGCUUAGGAGUCUGAGAGCUAAAAUUGAAUGGGAAUCUCUUGAAGUUCUUAUCCUUUCUGGCUGCUCAAAACUCAGUAAUGUUCGAGAGAUCAUGUCCAAUACAAAGCAUCUCGCAACACUUAAGGUUCUUGAUCUCAAUGGCUGCUCAAAACUAGACAAACUGCCAGAGGACUUGGGGCAUCUCGCAAGUUUGGAAAAUCUUGAUUUAGGUGGAACUGCUAUAAGCCAACCACCAUCUUCUAUUGUGCUAUUGAAAAACCUCGAACAAUUAUCUUUUCAUGGAUGCAAAGGAGUACCUCAAAAGUCCUGGAGUUCUCUCUCCGGCUUGUUCCCAUUGUUCUCUAGAGCAAAUCCAGAGUCCGUGGGGCUGAGGUUACCUUCUUCUUUAUCAGGUUUAUGCUCUUUAAGACACCUGGAUCUAGGUGAUUGCAACCUCCAGGAAGGUGUAAUUCCCUCUGAUAUUGGCUUCUUACCAUUUUUGAUAAAAUUAAAUCUGCGCAGGAACAAAUUUGUUAGUUUACCUCCAAGCAUCAGUCAACUCCAUAAGCUUGAAAUUCUUUUUUUAGAAUAUUGCGAUCGACUUCAAGCCUUGCCAGAGCUUCCUGCAAGUGUAGUUAGAUUAUUUGCCCAGAAUUGCACAUCCUUGGAAAUAAUAUCAAGUUCAUCACGUAGAUUCGGUCCAUUCGGACCAACAGCACGAAUGUUUAAUUUGACUAAUUGCUUAAAACUGGCUGGGAGUGGAAGAACCAAUGGUUUGACAGUCACUUGUUUAAAAAAUGUGCUUCAUUCGCUGUUAAGAAGUGGGGGUACAUAUCGGCGACGGUCUCGAUGUGGUAGGAGAAAGAUACGAAUAGAACGUGAACGUAUAAAUCCUGAAUUCGAAAUUGUUGUUCCUGGAUCUCAAGUUCCAAGCUGGUUCAUUUAUCAUAGUGGAGGGUCAUCAUUAAGAGUUGCUCAACCAAUGCGAGGAUGUAGGGGAUUGGCACUUUGUGUUGCUUUUUCAGUACAUGAUCCAAAGGGUUUCUGGCCACACAAACGGAUGAAACUUAAUUGUAACGUACAACUGGAAAUCAUCCCUACUAUUGCACCCUCGGACACACAAAUGACUCCUACUGUCUCCAUGUCAGUCCCUCUAAAUUCUUUGGCUGGGACAGAUCACCUCUGGUUGUUCUACAUUUCUGGAACAUUUCUCACCAACAACGAUUUUUUUUAUCUAAGUGGUGUUUCUUUUGGAGAUAAAACCGAUGAAGGCAUUACUAUGAAGGUAAAAGCGUGUGGGCUCCGUCCAGUAUAUUAUUUUGAUAUUGGAGAAGUCAUCAGAGCAUCCAAUAACCGUAGUAGCAAUACUAGUCCUGUGGUUUUGGAUCCUGAUAGAUUAGCAGUAACAAGUACUAUCAUCAAGCGAAGCCGUAAUUACUGCCCUGAUCCGCAGCCGUGUCCAAAAAGAUUGAAGUUUUACUGUUUGAGUGCUUAA